AUGGUAGCAGCUCCGCUUACCACCGUUGAAGGUCGUGCCCUCUGUCUCAGCCAAUCCACCUGCACCCUCUCUGUCUCAAGUCCCUCCUUUCUCCGGCGUCUCUCAACUUCUCCACCAUCAUCCUCUUCGACGCCUCCUAACUCGUCAUUCUCUCUGGCACUGACAACUGCUACUCCUUCACCAGCUGAAGCUUCUUAUUCAAGUUCCAUUGACGUUGGUGUUUCCAAAAUCUUGCGCAUCUCCAAAAUUUGGAUAAUGUCGAUUGAGCAAAAUUCAAGAAGGAUGGAUUUCCUCAGUAUUCCGAGCUAUGUAUUGUAUUUGGUAGUACAUAUGUUAAUGGGGAUCACACCACAGGAAAUGCUGAAGAUUUGAUGGUGUCGGAGGAAGAUGACAAUGGUGAUGGCAAUGUAGGCGGUGACAAUGGUGGUGGCAAUGCAGAUGACUUCAGUGAACACCACAUUGAUGAGAGUCUUUACAUCUGACAAUGCUGCAACUUUAGUUCAUGAAAAGCACUAACCAAUCCAGUAUUGCUGACACUUGCAAAGCCAUACAAGAUCUUUUAAAAGCUAGGGCAAGUCAAUCCGUUGGUGGCUCUACGACCUUAGGGGUUACACCACCACUUGUAGACCAUUUUUCCAUAUCUACUGUGAUCGAUGUCCUAGUUAGUAUGCAUGAACUAGAGCAAGAUAUUUACAAUAAAGCAGUGGAACGAGCAUGCGUUAGUGCCCCAUGGAGGGAGGCUUUCAUCAAAUCCUCACCUAUAAGGAGAAAUGGACUUCUUCAAUGUCUUUAGGAGAUGUUUAGAAAUAUAUUAUGGAUUGCAUGGGGACUCAUUAGACUGUAUAACUUAUGUUAUCGAUUAAUAUUUAGUUUUUAAAGAUAUUAGUGUUGAGACUCUUGUAUUUAUAUGUAAUGGCAUCUCCUAUUGAGACUCUA